UUCCUGCUGUUCCUUGGCUUCCUAAACAGAGUCAUCCCAGCUACCUUCAGAGUGAUCAUGGCCAACCUGACCUCAGCGAGUGGAUUCCUCCUCGUGGGGUUUUCUGCUGACCGUAAGCUUCAGAUUUUACAUGCACUGCUGUUUUUGGUGACAUACCUGCUGGCCUUGACAGGCAACCUCCUCAUUAUCACCAUAACUACCUUGGACCAUCGCCUCCAUUCCCCCAUGUAUUACUUCUUGAAGCACCUCUCUCUUCUGGACCUGUGUUUCAUCUCUGUCACAGUCCCCCAGUCCAUCACAAAUUCACUUAUGAACAAUGGUUACAUUUCCCUUGGUCAGUGCAUUCUUCAAGUGUUCUUUUUCAUAGCUCUGGCCUCGUCAGAAGUGGCCAUCCUCACAGUGAUGUCUUAUGAUCGGUAUGUAGCCAUCUGUCAACCACUGCAAUAUGAGACCAUUAUGGACCCCUGUGCCUGUAGGCAUGCAGUGAUAGCUGUGUGGGUUGCUGGGGGCCUCUCUGGGCUCAUGCACACAGCUGUUAACUUCUCCAUACCACUCUGUGGGGAGAGAGUCAUUCACCAAUUCUUCUGUGAUGUUCCUCAGAUGCUGAAACUAGCCUGCUCUUAUGAAUUCAUUAAUGAGAUUGCAGUGGCUGCAUUCACAACCUCAACAGCAUUUAUCUGUUUGACCUCUAUUGUGCUUUCCUACAUUCGCAUCUUCUCUGCAGUGCUGAGAAUUCCAUCAGCUGAGGGAAGAACCAAAGUCUUCUCUACCUGCCUACCCCACCUAUUUGUAGUCACCUUCUUCCUCUCAGCUGCAGGCUUUGAGUUUCUAAGGCCCCCUUCUGAUUCCCAGUCAGCUAUGGAUCUCAUGUUCUCCAUUUUCUAUACUGUGAUACCUCCAACGCUCAAUCCAGUUAUCUAUAGUUUACGGAAUGAAGCCAUGAAGGCAGCUCUGAGGAAGAUACUGUCAAAAGAAGAAUUUACUCAGAGAAAGAUGCAUUUAAAAGCCAUUUUUAAACUCUAAAGUACCAUACAAAUAAAAGGUACUGUUAUUAUGUUUCAGAUUGUAGCAGGAAAACAUCUGAUUUCUUUCCGGAACUCCC